AAUGGGGGGGGGGAGAGAGAGGAAGAUAGAGGAAGCGGGAGAAAAGGAAGAGAAAGACAAGAAAAAAGAGAUUAGGGUUCUUAUCUGGGCUCGCCGGCGGUGUAUGCGGCGGUGAAGAGGUGGUACAACGGAAGUGUCUGUAAGUUACCGUUAAGAAAUAAGAAAGAACGAAAAAAGUGAAAACAAUCUUUGUUGUAUCAAGUUGAAUGUUUUCAGAAGAGUAUCUGUCAAAAUUAUCUCAUCUUCGUGAAACUCUGCAGCGGAUUGAAGAGGAAUACAGUUCAUUCCAUAUGUUCUUAUAUAAAACUCUUUUUUCACGUGAAUCUGAUUCCCUCCAUAUUCUGCAGCAUAUUGAAGAGGGAUUGGAUUCAUUCGAUAUGUAUUUGAACGAAUUACGAUCAAAGUUAUCUAAUUUCCUUGAAACUGUACGGCAGGUUGGAGAGGAAUGCGGUUCACUCCUACUAUUUUCAGAAAAGUAUAUGCUGUCCUCAAAGGAAUCUGACCCCCUUGAGACUAUGCAGUGGAUUAAAAAGGAAUGGGGUUUAUCCAGUUUUCUUUCAGAAAAGUAUCUGUCUUCAGUGGAUGGAUUGAAGUUCCUUAAAAGGGAUUUCAAGUUCCUGGAUAUUAUUCUCAAUUUGCAGGUCUCCAAAGAUGAACUUGAUAUAAAGAAAAUCCAAUCUCUGUUUCGAGGUGCUGCAGCUAGUCUCAUCCAGAUCUCGGGUCAAGAAAGACCAUGGAGUCAGCAUUUUCAUGGCUAUAUAUCUGACUUGCAAGAUAAGUUUCAGUAGACUAAGUCGGAUAUCAGAACACCUGGAAUACCAUUUCCAGUUUUAUCCAACACGGAUGGUAUUGUUAAUCCCAGUUUUGUAAUGGAAUUCAUUGACAUUGUUGCUUCCAAUCUCUGUGAUUUGCUGAAAUUUAAUGAUCCAAGCUCACUGCUUUGUAUUGGGGACCUCAUGGGUCAAAUUGAGAAGGCUCUAAAGGAGUUGAAGUUCCUUAAAAGUUUUGUCUGCUUUGUUUCAGACGGAUGCAUAAAGCCUCACGUCCAACAAACUUUCUUAACUCAUGCUUUAAAAGUGGCCUGGCAAACAACAAUGUCUACCUGGUUGUAUCUUCCAAGCAAUAAGUACCAAGAGCCAGAUUUGGCUCCAGGUGAAAAGUAUCCUUUAUUUUCUCAGCUCCUGGAAUACGAAAUUAAUCCCAUUAGGCCAUACAUCUGCAAGAUCUAUACUGAUGUCCUGCAAGGUCUAAAGAUAGUACAGUCGCAAUGGUAUCCCGUUCUCCAAUUUAAGUAUGUCGUAGAUCGUGAAGUUGGAUUUAUGGAGACUCUCCUACGCAAUUUGGAAGAGCUACCAAUUUCUUUUAAUUACAAAGCUACAAGGCUAACCCUUCGGGAGAUGCUCAACUUCUUGAGAGCCAAUCUCAUCAAUCUACGAGUACUGGCCCCUCAGUCUCAUCUUCAAGAUAUAGACACUGUGAUUAUUGAAGCAGGAUGGUUUACUCAUCAAAUGAGGAGGAGAAGAAUAAGGGAGACACGUCUUUUGGGGAAACGAACCAAGUACCAGUUCCUGAUUUGCCAGAAAAAAUUCAGAGAAUGCAAGCAAUGAUCUACCUCACAACUAGAAGGAAAUUUCUCCAUUAGUUCAACUUACCUGGAAUUUAUGAACUGGACUGCUGAUUUUAUUGUACACAACCUGAUGGUUCUCCUAUGAAACUAUUCAAAUUCAAUUGCUUCUGUCGAGAAUCGAUUUCAGACAAUUCCGAAGGAAAUCAAGAGCUUCCAAGCUGAUGUAGAACAACAUGAUGGACUUUGCCAGUGUGCAACACGACUAACUAGUUUGGCACUUGAGGUAAAAUAUAUGUCUGAUACUUCUAUAGGAAAAGAUAUUCGAGACUCGUGUGUUUCCCUCUAGAUCCUACACAUUGUUGAAAAUGGUAAACUACUCAUCUCAGAGGUAGAGGAGAUUCAUGAAAUAAAUGCAUCCGAAUUAGUAUUGCGUAAUACCAAAGAUGUUGCCAGUGGAUAUACUUCUUCACAAUUUGCUAGGAGUCCCAACAUGAACGAAGAAAUGGUGGGCCUUAUGGAUGUGAUGGAUGAACUAAAAGGUAAAUUAUCCGAAGGAUCUUCAAACCUUGAUAUCAUCUCAAUUGUUGGCAUGCCUGGAGUGGGAAAGACAACUCUGGCAAACAAACUAUACUUUGAUCAAUCAAUUGUCUCUCAUUUUGAUAUACGUGCCCAAUGUUGUGUGUCUCAAGUAUAUACACUAAGGGACUUGUUAUUAGCCCUUCUAGGCGAUAUAAUUGACGACACAUCUAAACUUGAUAAAGAGGCUGAUGAUAUAUAGCCAUAUAAGCUUCGCAAACAUUUGUUGGGCACGAGAUACCUUCUAUUGAUGAUAUUUGGGAAACUAGCGCAUGGGAGGAUUUAAAGUUAUGCUUCCCCGAUACUAAUAACGGAAGUAGAAUUAUUCUUACGACUCGACAUUAUGAUGUUGCCUCUUAUGCUAAACAUGAUAGUGAUCCUCUUGUUCUUCGAUAGCUGUCUAAUGAAGAAAGUUGGAUGUUAUUAUAGAAUAAGGUGUUCAAUAAAUUAAGCUGCCCCUGGUUUUAGAGGAUAUUGGCAAAAACAUUGCACAAAACUGUGGAGGGAUACCUCUUUCAAUUGUUCUAGUAGCAGGUAUUCUUGUAAGGAUGGAGAAGGAAAGACAUUGUUGGGAACAACUGGCAACAAAUUUAGGUCCACAUAUACAGGCUCAAACUGAGCACACCAUAGAUCUUAGUUAUCAAAAUUUGCCACAUCAUUUGAGAACUUGCUUUUUAUAUUUUGGAGCAUUUUCGGAGGAUAGAGAGAUUCAAGUCUCAAAAUUAACAUGGUUGUGGAUCUCUGAAAAUUUUGUGAAAACUAGCACAGAGAAGCUUUUGGAGGAUACAGUGAAAGACUACCUGGAGAAUUUUGUUGAGAGAAACAUAGUGAUGGUUACCAAAAAGAGUUCUGAUGGUAAGAUCAAGGCAAGUCGCAUUCAUGACAUGUUGCUUGAAUUUUGUAGGACAAAUGCCAAGUGGAAGAACUUUUUAGAAAGGAUAAACGGAUUUUAAGGAGUUUCAUAAGCUGAAUUAAGCAGUUGGGAAGACAGAAGCUUAUACCAGAUGUAAUAUUGUAUUAGCUGAUUACUUAUGGUAUUCUACAAUUGAUUUCUGUGUUUAUUCCUUUACUUCUAUGGAUUGAGAUUGUGUGAAUGGCUAAUGGAUAUU